AUGAUUCAAUUCCAGGUAGAUACACUCACGGAGUCAGCAGUACCUGUGAAUGGUGAGAAUUUACUCUAUGAGCUAGCGGGGACCGUCGAUGAUGAGAGUUUACUCUAUGAGCUAGCGGGGACUGUGGAUGGUGAGAGUUCUCUGUUCCUAACAGAUAGUCGACAGAACCGCCAAAUGGAGAACAAUGGGAAACUGCAGAAGUUGCAGCCCCAGUGGUUUAACUACCCUAGGGUUCAAGUCUGUCUUCACUUUGUGACGCUGAUCCAGCCUCUAAUUCUGUUAAACGGAUUAAUGUUUUCUAGCGCGGUGCGUGAUCUUACUGGUCUGGAGCGGGUGGGCGAGAGGGAUUCUGAGAUCGGAAUGCUGCUGAGGCGUGAGCUGUACAGCAGAAGAAGAGCCCUAGUGAAGGGUGAAAAACAGAUUCAGCUUCUAAUAAGAAAGUUAAUAAUGUCUUCUUUACAAUAAUGAUAUCUGCGGCUGAAGCUGGGAACUGACUGGAGUUUUUUAACUGAAAACUGUUUUUCGUUUUUCUUGCGUACGUUAAAUAAACAAAUGAUUGGUAUAUAUAUCUCGUUCAAACGGAGAGCAUAAGGGACAUAUGAUGCAUCAUUAGUUUUGUGGAGUGUGCACUCGAUUGGAAUAAAAUUCAUAAUUGAUCAAUU